AUGAAACUGUCAUUAUUUUCAAUCAUCCUACUCGUUGCAUUGGCAUCAGCCGAUGUGAGUCACUUGAAAUAUGGAAGAAACAAUCCAUAUCAAAAUAAUAAGUAUAGAGGCAGUAUGAGGUUUAAUGGAAAAAAGGUACCACAAACACCAGCAAGAUCUGAUGAGCCACCACCUCCUCCUCCCUCAUCUGGAUAUGAAUAUAUUCCUCCAAAUAAUGCAUACCUUCCACCAGAUACAACAACGACACAAGAGACAACAACAACAACAACAACGACAGAGAGACCAGGCGGAUAUCGAUAUAGACGACCAAUCAAUCCUUUUUAUUAUAACAGACGUGGAGUUUAG